UGUUAUGUACUAUACCAAUUUUAAUUUUAUUUCUGAAAUAGGGACUACGAAACCUCUAAUAGAACAAAAUAAGCGCUUGAAUGACCGUCUAAAAGCAGCCACAACAGAAACUAAAAAAUUGGAACAAAAGAUGGCUUUUGUUCAGGAUGAAUGGCUAAGCCUUAGGGAUCAAUAUGACAGGGUAUUAAAAGAAAAUGAAGCUCUACGUGAGCAGAGGGCAUUUCCUGAAAAAUUAGAAGAAUUGGGUCGCUACAGAAAUCAAGUUCUCGAAAUGUCCAAAUGUAUAACAGCACUUCGCCAAUCUGCAGCAGAAAAAGACAGAAGGCAAGAAAUGUUGAUAAUCAAACUUAAAAGACUGCGAAUGCGAGCUUCUGGCCAACAAGAAAGUGACCGGCAAAGUUGUGCUGCUGGCUCAGAAGGUUCAGUAGAGGAUAGUGGAUCGCUUGGAUUAGAUACUAUAGCUGAGGAUUUAGACGAAGAUGUUGAUUUAAGUACAGAAUUGUUAUUAAAUGGUAGAGGGGCUGUAGGGGAAAAUGUUAUAUUGAGACAGCAAUUGGCUACAGCAAACGAUCAGUUGAUAGACAAUGCUAAUCACUUGGAAGAAUCUACCAACCAUUUUAGGGAAGAAUUAGAUUCUUUCAGAAAAAGAGAGAGACUUUUACAGCAACAAUUAGCUAAUGUUCAAUCACAGAAUGAAUUAUUAGAAUUUCAAUUAGUUGAAUUAACAGAAGGAAGACAACAAUUAGAAAAUGGGGAGGUUACUAAUAUGGGCAAUAGAAAAACAAGCUGCUCAGAAAGGCAAACAAUGACCGAUAUUUCUGUACCAAUAAAAGAAGAAAAUGAAAAGGAAUUAGAGGAAGAAGAUAAUAAUGAAUGGAAGAAUUCUGUCGGAUUAAAUAGAAAACGUGCCUUAGAUCCUCGUAAAAUCGAAGUUUUACGUUGGGGAAUGAAACGAGCUUUUGAAUUUUCGCUUCUAGGACGUCCAGAAAGGUGUGCAAUAAAACAAGGAUUAGCAGCAAUUGAAUCUCUUCAACAGCAAUUAAAUUUUGCUGAAACUGAAUUAAAUAUGUCAAAUUGUGAAAAUGGGAGAUUACAACGAGAAUUGGAACAUAAAGAUUUAGAAAUGAAAAAACAGAAAGAUGAAGUGCAGAAUGAAAGGCAGCAGAGAAAGCGUGAAUUGAAGGCUGAAUUGGAAUUGUUAAGGAAGGAGAGAGUAGAAGAAUCUGCUGCCUAUAACCGUCAAGUUGGAGAAUUGAGCAAAACUUUGAAUGAAAAAGUCCAUAUAAUAGGCGAUUUAAAUGAUAAAGUUGCCCAACUUGGAGCAGAAUUAGAUAUUUGUCGUUGUCAAUUAAUUACUUCACAAAAAGAGGAUGUUUCUUUAAAAGCUCAAAAUGCUGAAAUGACUAAAGAAGUUAAAAGGCUUGUGGAGGAAUUGGAAAGGGUUAAAGCCGAUUUGGUUAAAGUCAUGGAAGAAAAACAAAAAUCAUUAAAUGAAGCAAAUCAACGAAUUUUGUCUAUUGAAAAAUCCAAAGCUGAAGAACUUAAAAAACUUUUAGAAGAAAAAGAAACUAAUAAACAACAAUGCAACCAAUUAAGAAUUUUAAAUCGAGAAUUGGAAGCACAAUUUAAUACACAAAUGGAUUUAAUUGGGGCUUUAAAGAGGAAAUUACUGGCUCAAUUUGUUAGUCUUCGUUUUAUCCGGUGUUAG